AUGGCGCCAAUCCCCAUAACAAUCGUGACGGGCUUCCUGGGCUCAGGCAAAACCACAAUCCUUCUGAACCUAAUCCCGCAACUCCCAAAGACCUACAAGCUAGCCCUCCUGAAAAAUGAAUUCGGCGACGUAGCCGUGGACUCCCAACUAGCCUCAACGCAAUCCAUCAGCGGCGUGCGCGAAAUGCUAAACGGCUGUAUCUGCUGCAACCUCGUCGGCCAACUCAGCGACGCACUGGACCAGCUCCGCACCGAAGUGCAACCCGACCGCAUCGUGAUCGAGACCAGCGGCAGCGCAUUCCCCGCAACGCUCGCGAUGGAGGUGAACCGGCUUGCGCGUGAGGAGGGCGGAAAUUACGUCCUCGAUGGUGUCAUCAGCGUUAUUGAUGUUGAGAACUGGGAGGGGUAUGAGGAUACUUCGUACACGGCGAAGAUCCAGGCGAAAUAUACCGAUUUGAUUGUUUUUAAUAAGUGGGAGGAUUUACCGGAGCGGUUUGAUGUCUGUCUUGAUCGGGUGGGGGACUUGGAGAUUGAGACGCCUUGGGUUAAGUCGAAUAAGGGUCGGGUUGAUAUGGAUGUGAUGCUGGGGAUUGAUGGGGCUUUGUUUAAGGAGUCUGAGGAUGGGGGUACGGGUGACCAUGGACAUGGACAUGAGGAUCAGCAUCAGCAUGAUCAUCAAUCUGAGGUUGAGGUUCUUUCUGUGGUUUUGAAGUCUGGUGUUGAGGGGAAGACGGUGGACGUUGCUGCUCUCGAGCGGUUUCUUUCUUUGGCACCUCGUGAGGAGGUGUAUCGCAUCAAGGGGAUUAUUCGCUGCUCGAACCAGGAUCUUCCGGUGGAGACAUCGGAUAAUUUGAAUGCCAGAGAGAAGGCCGAGACUCCUGGGGUGCAGUAUUAUAUUCUCAACUGGGCGUUUGGACGCUGGACUUGCACUCCUUCUCGCGUGGUUGCGGAAUCUGCAGACUCGGCUGUCAUUGCCCGCAUUACAUUGAUUCUGGCUCGGUACGAGUCGGCCAAGUGGAAGAAGAAGCUUCAAGCUGGUGGGCUGGUCCAGGCAGGCGAAGAAGAGGGUGUGAUGUUGAGUGUGGAGCGCUUGGUCUAG